AUGUCCUUAGGUCUCACCCGGGGCUUUCGUCAGCGCAGGACGGUUGUCGCCGUCGCAGGCGAGGACUAUUGCAUUGUUGCUGGGAGCACGCGUAUGUCCACUGGCUUCAGUAUCCUGACGCGCGACGCGUCGAUGCUACUCCAACUGACUGACAAGGUGGUGGUCGCCUCUGCGGGCAUGCAGGCGGACCGGAAGGCACUGCACAAGCUGCUGCAGCACCGCAAUGUGACGUAUCAGCACAACCACGGUCGGGCCAUGGGUGUGUCAGCCGCGGCCCAGCUGCUAUCCAACACCCUCUACUACAAUCGCUUCUUUCCCCUGUACACAUUUAACUUGGUGGCGGGUCUGGAUGAGCAGGGCCGCGGCGCCGUGUACAACUACGAUGCCAUCGGCUCCUACGAGCGCUCGGGCUACUUCUGCCAGGGCAGCGGUAAGGAGCUGAUCCAGCCCGUGCUGGAGGGGAUCCUCAGACGCCCCGACGUACAUGUACCGUUCAGAACAUGUAUGGCAUUGGACCUGGUCAAGGACGCGUUCGUGUCGGCCGGGGAGCGUGAUAUUUACACGGGUGACAAAGUGGAGAUCCUGAUCAUCACCAAGGACGGCAUCAAGCGGGAGGAGCUGCAACUGAAACUGGACUGA